AUGGCCACCUCCUCCUCCUCCUCCACUCUGGACGAAGACGAGAGUUUGAAGGGCUGUGAAAUUUUUGUGCAGAAGCACAACAUCCAGCAGAUCCUCAAAGAGUGCAUUGUGAACCUGUGCAUCGCUAAGCCCGAGCGUCCUAUGAAGUUCCUGCGGGAGCAUUUUGAAAAGCUGGAGAAGGAAGAAUGCAAACAGAUCAUGGCGAGGCAGAAGUCUAACAGCCAGUCGGACUCUCACGAUGACGAGGUCUCCCCCCCGCCGCCCAACCCGGUGGUCAAGGCCCGCCGACGCCGUGGAGGGGUGAGCGCCGAGGUCUACACCGAAGAGGAUGCCGUCAGUUACGUGCGCAAGGUGAUCCCAAAAGACUACAAGACCAUGACAGCCUUGGCUAAGGCCAUCUCCAAGAAUGUUCUGUUUGCUCACCUGGAUGACAAUGAGAGAAGCGACAUAUUCGACGCCAUGUUCCCCGUGACGCACAUCGCCGGGGAAACUGUGAUCCAGCAAGGCGACGAAGGGGACAACUUUUACGUCAUUGACCAGGGCGAAGUGGACGUGUACGUGAACGGGGAAUGGGUGACCAAUAUCGGAGAGGGCGGUAGUUUCGGAGAGCUGGCCCUCAUCUACGGGACUCCCCGAGCUGCCACCGUCAAAGCCAAGACUGAUCUUAAACUGUGGGGGAUUGACCGAGACAGCUACCGUCGCAUCCUAAUGGGCAGCACUCUGAGGAAGCGGAAGAUGUAUGAAGAGUUCCUCAGCAAGGUUUCCAUCCUUGAGUCUUUGGAUAAAUGGGAGCGUUUGACUGUGGCUGAUGCUCUGGAGCCUGUCCAGUUUGAGGAUGGGGAGAAGAUCGUGGUACAAGGAGAGCCCGGCGAUGACUUCUUCAUCAUCACAGAGGGAAUAGCCUCUGUUCUGCAGCGCAGGUCCGACAAUGAGGAGUAUGUGGAGGUGGGAAGACUCGGACCCUCUGACUACUUUGGUGAGAUCGCCCUGCUGCUGAACCGCCCUCGCGCAGCCACCGUGGUGGCCCGAGGCCCCCUCAAGUGCGUGAAGCUGGACCGGCCCCGCUUCGAGCGCGUGCUUGGUCCGUGCUCCGAGAUCCUCAAGCGAAACAUCCAGAGAUACAACAGCUUCAUUUCUCUUACCGUGUGA